CAGCAUCAUAGUUACUAUAGAAACUACAAUAAAUUUGUUUUGACUUGAAAUUUGUGUGAAUUAUUUCGUUUUUCAUAUUUUUGUUAUUCAAAAGCUUAUUUAUCAUGUCAGUUAAUCAAGGAUUAUUUAGCGAUUUUAAUGUCGGUAUUUUCACUGGUUUAAGUGUUGGUCUGGCAAUUAGCUUUUAUUUUAAAUCUAGACCACUUUCAUUUGGUUUAGCUGAAAAUUUACGUCAAAUCGUUAUCGAGAGACAACCAAGGAGUCCUGAUGGAACAGGCGAGUAUAAAAUGGUUCUGGUUGUAAAUUCAAAAUUGAAAAUGGAAAAGGGUAAAACAGCUUCACAAUGUUGUCAUGCUGCCGUUUCAGUUUACACCAAGACUUUACUCAAAGAACCAUCCAAAAUUGACUUUUGGCUUGGUCAAGGAUCUAAAAAGAUUGCCCUCAAAGCUGUUGACGAUGAGCAUCUAGAAAAGAUUCAGAAAUUAGCUAAUGCAAGUGGAUUAAUAUCAACUUUAAUCCGUGAUCGUGGUUUGACACAAAUUUCCCCUGGAUCCAAAACAGUUCUUGGUAUUGGACCAGAUCAGGCAUCAUUAAUUAACAAGGUUGUUGGUGACCUCAAAUUGUAUUAGUAUCCUUUAACGUAAUAUUCAUAGUUAUUAAUUAAAUUAAAUCUUUCUUUAAUUGUUGCAUUGAUUUAAAAAAUCUAUUGACAUCUGCUAUUUUACUGUAAA